AUGGCCAUCCAUAACCCUUCCAACUUCACUAACAAGAUUGAAGUUAUCAAUCAUGCCGCUUCGUUUCUUUACAGAGCUCUAGGGUAUCAAAUACUUGAAUCAUCAAUGGAAGCAUCAUCAAUGAUUACAAAAUUCAACAAUAAUAAGAGAUUAAUUGUUCUUCUAAUACCUAGUGGUGACUAUACUAUCAUUUAUAUGAAUGGCGAGGAAGCUUAUACAUUACAAGCUGGUUAUGAAAAUUUAUUUCCAAAUCUACGAUUACCAAUUACACCAAAGGCAGUUGACGAAUAUUUUAUAAAUAAAAAGACUUUUGCUGUCAAUCUAUUUAUUGGAUUCGCAUUUACAGGAAUUGGAGAAAUACCUAAAGAUAUUAAAGCUGGUCGUACAAAGAAACAAUUAGAUUUUAUAAAUAAUAAAUUGUUACCUGCUCAACGUGCAUAUAAGCAAAGAGAUGAAGAACCAAAGUUCACUAAAGAAGAAUUGGAUAUGCUUAUUUAUGAAAUUAUUAAACCAACAUUAGCUGGUGAAAUAUUAUUUCCAAUGGAUGAAAGAGAGAAAACAAGAGAAGAGGAGAAAGCUAAAGAAAAAAAGGAACAAAAGGCAAAGAAAAGAGCUGUUCAAAAGGAAAAGAAGCGUAAAGAGAUGGAGGAAAAAGAGAGAAGGGAACAGGAGGAAAGAUCUAGAAUUAAUGUUGAAGAGAAGUAUCCAAUUUAUAAUCCACCUCCAUUAAGUGGAUUUGAACCAAAUUAA